CUCUAUUCUGCUGAGAUUUCAAAGGGAUUGGAAUUUCAACUUUGUCCCAUGGAACAGUCUCAGGUGUUCCAUAUGCGCAUACAAAAACACACAUACUUAGCUACAGGACACACGAACUGCAAUCCCAGCUUGAAAUAUUUAUCAAGUUAGCUAUUGACAACUCUUGAUCAUUCCUGUUGGAUAUUUACAACUUCUGGCACCGAUCGUGUUGGAAUGUUGGAAUAAUGACCCACAUCUCAAACAAGGUAAAGAAAACAAGCUUGUGUGGAUUUCUGUUUUUUUGUUGUUGUUGUGUUUUUUAGACAGGCGAUUGAAUUAGAUGUGUGCUUUAUCAUUCAUAGUUUGAAGUGGCUUUCAAUGUCAGCUUAUUUCACCAAAAAGCAUUGUGAUCGUAUUAAGACUUCAAUUUAAAAACAUACUCAUUUGUGGGUUCUAUAAUGACAUACAGACGUACUGUAAGUUAUUGACUUAUUGACCUGUAUUAUAUCAACAUUUUGUCUUUGAAAGUAUAUUGUUGUGACUUAUUUGAGUCUUCUCAACCCAGGAACCAUGCUGUAUAUGCAGGGGCGCAACUUUCACUGGGGAUGGGGGGACGGGUUGACAUGCCCCACAUUCUGAAAUAGCAUUUUUGUCCCCCCCCAGUUUUAUCAUUAGAAUGUGAUACAAAAGAAGGCAACAGUGUGCUUUGGGACCAUGCGGAUAGGCUGUUUGGAGUGUUUAUCCGACUGGAUAAAAUAAAUUAUAUCCCCCCCACUUCUAAAACCAAAGUUGCGCCCCUGUGUAUAUGUAUUGGUGUUAUGGAGUCAAAUAGUCUACUGUUUAUGUAUGUUUAUCUAUAGGAAGAGUCAGGAUUAUUAAUUGACUCUGGGUGGUCUCAGGAUCCAUGUUAACAUGUUUAUACUUCAAUAGAGGUGCCCUGUUCUGUUUGUGUCCACCUGCCUAUUUAUUUCAUUUAUUUAACGUCCCAUUGAGAUCAAAGUCUAUUUUGCAAGGGAGCACUGCAUUACAAAAGCAACAAACAACACAAAGUACACAAUAAGGAGCUAGUGACACAAUUACAUCAAUCAAGGCGGGAGCACAGGAAACACAAAAAUACAACUAUAAAAAACACGCACAUUCCUCUGUGUCUAUAGCUCCUGUAAAGAGAUUCCCUGUGUAGUUUUUGCUGUGUGACCCACCUAAAGUCUUUGGAUUUUCUUCUUACCUUCCAUGUGAGCAAAACCAAUGAUUCUGACCGGGAUUCAGUCUUCAGUCAGCGAUUGACCUAAGAGGGCACAACCAAUCAGUGGCUCCCGUGUGAGCAAAACCAAUGAUUCUGACCGGGAUUCAGUCUUCAGUCAGCGAUUGACCUAAGAGGGCACAACCAAUCAGUGGCUCCCGAGCCACCAUUUGUGACACAAUUGCUUGAUGUUAUAUCUGAGUUUUUCCUGGGAGGAAUGGAACUUAUAGAUCUCCUGCUUUACAAGUCAGAUGAAAUCCUCAGCUGCCAUGGUAACCAGCCCUGGCAAAUCACAUCACCCGGGUCUCUGAGCCAAGAAGGUGGCGGUGAUGACUUCCUGGAUACUCUGUUAGGUGGCACUGACUCAUCAUCUGCCCCCACCUCCCCCCUGUGGCCCUCCUCCCCCUGCGACAGUGGCACCAGUGAGGACCCCACCUCCGGCUCCGAUCACCUGGACAGCCCCAACCCGCCCUCCAGCCCCCCCUUCCAUGCCUUCUACCAAGCCCAUCUCCCUAACCUCCAAUCUCACCUCACCAGGCCUGCACUGCACUGCCUGGCACCUGAUGUCUCCAUCGACUUAGCUGGAUGGGAGUCUGGCCUCUUCCAAGAGAGCAAUGGGGAUACCCACAACCCCCAGGUGCCCUCUGGUUACCACCUCACUGUCAAGGACCUGCUGCUGUCUGGAAUAAGAGAUACUAAUUCCCUGCAGGAGGUGGUCCUUAACGAGGACGAGAAGAAACUGUUGGGUAAAGAGGGGGUCCACCUGCCCAGCCAACUGCCUCUUACUAAGUACGAGGAGAGGGUUCUGAAGAAGAUCCGCAGGAAGAUCCGCAACAAGCAGUCGGCCCAGGAGAGCAGGAAGAAGAAGAAGGAGUACGUGGAAGGUCUGGAGGUCAGGAUGGAUGCCUGUAGUAAACACAACCUGGCGCUGCAGAGGAAAGUCCACCAACUGGAGGAAACCAACACUUCUCUGUUGGAGCAGCUGGCCAGGCUACAAACUAUUCUACGUAUUGGCUCCAGUAAGACUUCCCAGAAAGGGACCUGCAUCCUGGUGCUGCUCCUCUCUUUCUCUCUCCUCCUCUCUUCUAGUCUGCAGCCUGACACACACAGCCAUGUCAGCCAGGAGGGAGACUUAAGCGUGGCCAUCGGGAGAUCUCGUUCCCUGCUGGCAGUGGUGGACACAGAGAUAUCACCCCCACCUGUCUUCUCAGUGGCUGGGUGGGUGGAGGCCCUGUCAACUCUGGUGGGGAAGCUCCGACUCAGGCCAGAGUAUGCUGACUCAGACCCCCAAACCAACCACAACCAUGACCACAACUAUGACUACAACCACAGUCUCUGACCACACUAUCGCAAACUCAACCUCAACCACGCAGAUACGGAGCUCCUUCCUAACCAACACCACUGACUUCCUACCCAACCACUAGGCUACUGAAGCACCACCAGCUCUAACACACUUGAAUCCGAUAGAACAUCUCUGGAAAGACCUGAAAAAAGCUGUGCAGCAACGCUCCCCAUCCAACCUGACAGAGCUUGAGAG